AUGCUUAUAGUACUCGUAUUUGAUAUUGAAAUUAAAGUAGCAUUGUUAAUGAAAGAUAUCAUGAUUGAAUUAACAGCAGUAAAGACAAAUUUAGAAUUAGAAGCAAAGCAAUUUGUUUAUCAGGAAUGUUCGAAAACAGAAGCAGCAUUUACCGUCGAAACGUUGGCAAGAUUUAUUGACCAACGUUUUUAUGAAUUAAAUAAUCCGAAGAAAAUCGAUCAACAAUUAGUAAGAUCAGUUGAAAGUUGUAGAUUAGGCUUACGUCGAUUUGGUGUAAAAUUCACAGCAAAUUCAAGCCGGCCUUACUUUCUUGGACAUGAACGAGAAGAUAUGGUAAAACAUCGACAAGAAUUUGUCAAAUACUUUAUUGAGCGUGAACAACAUUUUUAUACAAUUACAAAUGAUGCUGUGCCACAGUGGAGAAUACCAACAACAGCACCAACAAUUUUGCUUUAAGCUGAUAAUCUCUUUCAACAAUGCUCACAAAAUGAAGAUCGUCAUGAUUUAGCAAAUAAAGUGUUCAGUGAAGCAUCAUCACCAACGUCCGAUACGGUGCAAAUUACCAAAGUCUGUUCACGUGAAUUAGAAAAACUAUUACCAUUUGUGUUACAUCAUCUACAAUUCUAUCUUCGUUUUUCGAUCGUUUAA